CUCAGAGCUCCUGAUGGUCACCAUCAAACCCCCGGGUCUGGUCUGAAUGGUCGUGAAACCAGAGUCAGUGUAGACACCGUCCGUCCGGAUCUGUGCUCUUUUUUAUUGUGUCCUGCUGUGCAGCUCACGCGAGGCUGCAGCUACACCUGCACCAGGUUUGAAUCCUCAGCCACUCAUCAGUGACUGACCCGCGGCUGUUUGCUGUUCAGAUGUUGGGAGACAAGGCUCACGGUGUGACUCUGAAGGUUAUGGAAUACACAUAUGAUGAUGACCUGGAAGAGCUGUGUCCUGUGUGCGGAGACAAAGUGUCCGGGUAUCACUACGGUCUGCUCACCUGCGAGAGCUGCAAGGGUUUCUUCAAGAGGACGGUGCAGAACAACAAGAGGUACACGUGCGCGGAAAACCAGGAGUGUAAAAUAGACAAGACCCAGAGGAAGAGAUGUCCCUUCUGUCGCUUCCAGAAAUGUCUUAACGUCGGGAUGAGGCUAGAAGCUGUGCGUGCAGACCGCAUGCGUGGGGGGAGAAAUAAAUUCGGGCCCAUGUACAAGAGAGACAGGGCCUUGAAGCAGCAAAAGAAGGCUUUGAUUCGAUCCAACGGGUUCAAGCUGGAGAGCGCCGCUCCUCCGCCGGCCUCGCCACUGCAGACCGACUACGGCUUCACUGGCACCCUGCACACCCUGCCCACCAUCUCCAAAAGCCUGCUUCCCUCCACCCCCAGCUCCAUCACCCCCACAGACUACGAGGCAAACCUCUAUGGACCCCCGUCCCUGGGCAUGGCCAUGCAGUCCCAUGUGCCCCUCACCUCCCAGUACCAGUACACAGCCUUCCCCGGCAGGGUAAUCAAAGCCGAGUGUCCCGACUACACCAGCUCCCCCGAGUCUCUGACAGGAUACCCCUACCCUGACAUGUACCCUUCGGCCUCGCCGCAGCCCCCAAGCCUGCCACCGCUGGUUCUGGAGCUGCUGCGCUGCGACCCAGACGAACUGGUGGUACAGAAUAAGAUCGUUGCUCACCUGCAGCAGGAACAGGGGGGGCGGGGCCGGCUGGACAAACCCAGCACCUUCAGCCUCAUGUGUCGCAUGGCGGACCAGACUCUCUUCUCCAUAGUGGAGUGGGCUCGGAGCUGCAUCUUCUUCAAGGAGCUUAGGGUGGGCGAUCAAAUGAAGCUGCUCCACAACUGCUGGUCUGAGCUCCUGGUCCUGGAUCACAUUUUCAGACAGGUGCAGCAUGGGAAGGAAGACAGCAUCCUGCUGGUGACGGGCCAGGAGGUGGAGCUGUCGUCCAUCUUGUCCCAGGCUGAGGCCACACUGUCAGGUCUGGUCCAGAGGGGUCAGGAGCUGGCGGCGAGGUUGCGGACACUGCAGGUUGACCGCAGAGAGAUCGCCUGUAUGAAGUUCCUCCUCCUGUUCAACCCCAAUGUGAAGCUGCUGGAGAACCAGGCGUUUGUGGAGGGUGUCCAGGAGCAGGUGAACACGGCCUUGCUGGAGUAUACCCUCUCCACCUACCCUCAGUUCCAGGACAAGUUCAGCCAGCUGGUGGUGCGGCUGCCGGAGCUGCGCUCCCUCAGCACACAGGCAGAGGACUACCUGUGCUACAUGCACCUGAGCGGAGAGGUGCCCUGCAACAACCUGCUCAUCGAGAUGCUGCACGCCAAGCGAGCAUGCGUGUGAGGGACGUGCGAGGAUACUCCGCCGCCGUCACCGUGUGUUUGUCUAGGUGAGACUGUGGGAGUGAGAGGAAGAUUCCCGGGCUUGUACGGCUCAUCUGUGUUCGGCCUUUUGUUUGAGUCAGAGGAGAAAAUGUUCUUUUGACUUUGGAAUUAUAAAGCUCCAUCUGUUCUCAAGGUCAUCUCUGAUAUCGUUAAUGUGACCUUUACAAACUGGAUUUUCUUCCCUGUUUUCAAAAAUCUAAAAUUAGAGUCACGAUAAAAGCAUGCUACGACCCAGCAUACACCAGUGCUGAACGGCCAUUUAGACAUGGACGUCUGUCCACAGCUGCUAUGACGUCCACACCUAAACAUCUGUCUGAUAUCACUGCUAAACUGUGAUCGGAAUUUUAUUGUGAAAUCUGGAGCUGGGUGGGCUGAUGUUGACCUGUCACAUCACAGGAUGGGACCGUUACCGUGGAAACACCUGAUGGAUGGCUAACAUGCACUUUUUCAAACAGACAUCGAAGCUUCUUCUCAGAAAUCAAAUUUUAAUGUCAGAAUGAGUCGUUUUUGAUCCAAAUGUCAGAUGAAACUUUAUGAUUCCAAGAUCAGUGACUUGUUCCCAGAUGAUGAUGAUGAUGAUGAUGAUGAUGAUGAUGAUGAUUAUUAUUAUUUUUUAGAUGAAGACAGACUUCAGGGUAACACAGUAUACUGUGGUCUCGUCAGACUAGACUAGCACUGCUCGUAUCUCUGCACUUGUUCUUUUAGUCACCAACCUUACAAAAAAAUAAAUACAUAUGAAAGCUCUAUGGGCUUUCAGUAUAGUUUUGUUUUUAUCUAUUUAGAUGUUAAUAUAUUGGUCUAUCAAAGCUUAAAAAACAUUCAAUUGAGUUAUUCAUCAAACUCUGAGACAAAGAGACAGACAAAGACAGGAGGAGGGAGAACGACACAUCAGUGUGCAGAUGGAUGACCAUGUGAAACAUCUGUAGGUGUUUCACUGGGGCCAGAGAUGACACAGGGAGGGAAAAGAUGCAUCUGGAAACAUCUGGUUUCAAGUUUCUUUUAUUUCUGGUUCAGUGUCUGAAGAAAACAAUGCUAUGUUCACACUCACAUUCAUGUCACCUGUGUAUGGACGGAAGAUCUGAAGUGAAGAUGCUGCAGAGAUCUCACUGUCCAAACUGUCUGUAAAUAAUGUCCAAAAAAAGCUGAUGCUCAAUAUUUUCUUAUUUUCAACAAGCUGAGCUUACUCCCCAUCCUGUCUGUGUUCCACUGUUCACACAGUCUCAUGUCAAACAUCAGCAGCAGGACGCUGUGUGUGUGUUCGCCUGUGAAUGAGACUGUUCAAACACUGAGUUCAACCUUGUCUCAGAGUCACUGCUUUAUACAAAGUGCAGGAAGCUGAUGUGACAUGAGUCCAUGUGUGGUCGGCUUCAGGCUUUUUAAUUGUAGGAGAGACCUCCAAACCUCAACCUGUUGCUUCAACACAGCCACAACAGCACUCAUCAUGUCUCCGUUGACACAAGCAAAUAUUUAAUAAUGUAGGAAAGCUAAUAAAAUAUGUCAAGAGUAUUUUCCAGAUUUGUUCAGUAUGAACAUUUGGUGACUUUGGAAAUACAAUUAUUUAAAAUGGUUCCUUCUUAUGCUAAUAAAAAAACAUAAUUCAUUUCAAAUGUAUUUGCUGUUGCAGAUUAGCAGCUGAGUAUUUUCCUUCAUUUCCUGUUUGUUUUGUUUUGGCCUGACUGAUGACGUUUCUCAUCCACACCUGUCGCCAUCUUUGUGUCGCUAUUUUUUUUUAUUAUGUAGCUAGGUGUAGCUAAGUUAGCUACGAAGGAAGAUGCCAUUUCAAAUUUGCCUAAAGAGCUCUGAGUGCUCGAUUGCAACGGAGCUAUUUGCAUCACUUUAAACAUGAGAGACGGGUGCUGUGACCCGGUCAAACACACAUAGUGAUCUUUUUUAAAAUUCUGCUCCUUAAAGCUCCAAUAAACAAUUACACUGAAUUAAAAUGAGUUUCUAAGUGACACAUUCCUGCAUAUUGUAUAUAUUUUAAAACAACACCACAGGCCUUGUCAGCCCGACACACACGAUCAGAACACUGUGCUGUGUGUUUGCAGCAGCUAGUGUUUCUCUGUUGAACAGUAGCACUCAUGUAUUUUGGACGACAGUGUGACUGACAAUCACCGUGACGAUCACAAUGACGAUCACCGUGACCAGCUGAUGAACAGUUUAAACAGUGUGUGUGUUAAUAUUGUGCAGCUCGACUUUCUCACUGUGGACAUUUAAAAAAAAUCAUCCCUUUGCUCGUACGUCGAUGUGGCAGAGUAGACAAUCACUCCACCUGCCUUAACUUACUGUCUGAACACACACACACACACACACACACACACACACACACACACACACACACACACACACACAGACAUACACACACUCUGUGUUUCACUCUGUACAGUAUAUUUAUGUUGUGAAGUGAAUAUCUGCUGCAAAGAUGAAGAUACAUUUCAACACUGAGAAACGUUCUCUGCUUUAUGUUGAGGUCAAUUUGCUGUCGUGGAGCUGAUUCUCUUGAUAUUGCCUUUGUUUGUUUUUGUUUUUUUGUUUUUUUUCCUCACUUAUUUUUUUCCUGUGAGUUUAACAGUUUGUCCCGUUUUCUCCCAAAAGAGUAAAGUGACUAAAACAUUUUGUUUUCUUUAAAUAAAUUUUAUUGUAAUAGCAUU